AGCAAGCAGUCUCUCUCUCUCUCUCUCUCUCUCUGCGCAGGGGAAUGGCUGCUUCUUCUGCCCAUUCAUUUGUCACUGCAACGCCCACGAACACCUCGUGGCUUUCGCGCCUUUCAGCUCCUCCCAGCUCCAUACUACUCAAAUUCACCCUAUCUACUAGGGCCCUCUAUUAUCGGAGAAGCCUGGCCAGUGGUACUGGUACAAGUAGUACUAGUCCUCUCCUUCCAAUUGUCUGCGCUCUUGGCAGUAAUUCUAGCUCGAGCUCCAGCUACCUCUCUGACGAGUCCGACGAAAAAUCGAGCAUCAAAAAGCAACUAUUGGACUCGCUUUUUGUAGCCUGCGCUUCUCUGGCCUUAUCUUGCUCCCUAUUUCUCUCCGAUGUUGCUCCGGCUUCAGCAUUCGUAAGCACAACAACGCCCAAGAAGUUGCAAAGUGAUGAGCUGGCUACAGUUCGUCUUUUUCAGGAAAAUACACCUUCAGUUGUCUACAUCACCAAUCUCGCUGCCAAGCAGGACGCAUUCACACUGGACAUAUUUGAGGUACCUCAAGGGUCAGGAUCGGGCUUUGUGUGGGAUAAGCAGGGUCACAUUGUCACCAACUUUCAUGUGAUUCGAGGUGCAUCCGAUCUCAGGGUCACACUGGCAGACCAGAGCACUUACGAUGCAAAAAUUGUUGGGUACGACCAAGAUAAAGAUGUCGCUGUGCUGCGGAUUAAUGCUCCAAAAGACAAGCUGAGACCUAUUCCAAUUGGUGUGUCUGGUGACUUACUUGUUGGCCAAAAGGUCUUUGCUAUUGGUAAUCCUUUCGGCCUUGACCAUACACUUACAACUGGUGUCAUCAGUGGGCUUCGAAGAGAAAUAAAUUCUGCUGCUAGUGGCCGUCCAAUUCAGGAUGUCAUCCAGACAGAUGCUGCAAUAAAUCCUGGUAAUAGCGGAGGACCACUUCUUGAUAGUUCGGGAAGCCUUAUUGGGAUAAAUACAGCUAUAUAUUCUCCAUCUGGUGCAUCUUCUGGGGUUGGAUUCUCAAUUCCUGUUGACACUGUUGGUGGCAUUGUUGAUCAAUUGGUGAAGUUUGGGAAAGUCACUAGACCAAUUUUAGGAAUCAAGUUUGCACCUGAUCAGUCUGUAGAACAACUGGGAGUUAGUGGGGUGCUUGUCUUGGAUGCUCCUCCAAAUGGUCCAGCUGGAAAAGCAGGUCUCCAGCCAACUAAACGUGAUUCUUUUGGUAGACUUAUCCUGGGAGAUAUUAUAACAUCUGUUAACGGGAAAAAGGUCUCUAAUGGUAGUGAUUUGUACAGAAUUCUUGAUCAAUGUAAAGUGGGCGAAGAGGUUAUUGUUGAAGUGCUGCGCGGUGAUCACAUAGAGAAGAUCCCUGUAACCCUCGAACCAAAGCCUGAUGAUGAGACAUGAUGUAUCAGGACCGCCCUGAGAAUAUGUAUACCACUAGGAAAUUUGAUUAUCUUAUGUGUCUAGUAUUUCUGAUGUUCAGAUAUUGUACGUGGCACAUUCAUAUACUGCUAUUUUUGUGCUUUUAGUUGCUUCAUCAGUCUGGUGGUGCACUGUACAGCUAUGGAGCUACCUUAAGCUACGUUAGCUUGCUGGUGCUCCAGCCACUAUUUCCUAAGAAUGCAUGGAAAGCAGAAGAGAAGUUUUAAAGAGAAACUUCCUGAGCUUCUUUUCCUCCAAGUGGUGUAUACUGGUCAUAGGGGAGUAGAAGUAGAUUUACUUUGUAAAAGCUAACGAAAGCGUUUAUCAUUACUCUGUGCUGGCCAAAGAAGUUAAAGAGAUAAGAUCAGGAAACAAAAAGGGUUUAGGAGAAGGCAUGUGGACCGGGAUUUGUUGGCUUUAAGAUAUGUUGCAGUAAACAAGUAUCUACAGCUAGACCAAGGCGUUUUUUCUAACUUGCUGCUGGAAAUGAAUUAGUAAUUUGGGUAUGGCUGUCAUGUUACGCUUGAACUCCUCAGUCCGCAUGGUUUUAACUCGUAAGCGGUUAAGGCAGAACAUUUUAAGCUGCUGCUUGAGGAGUACCCAAGCAUUCUCCAGUUUUAUCAGGGAGAGUCUUCCAGGGUCGAAACUAGUAAAAGAGGUGUAGAAUAUGGGGUCCUGGAUCGCUGGCUUGAGGAUCUAAAUGUCGUGGCUGAGUACUAAGAGCUGGAUCAUCGAGUUGAUCCUGGAGUUAAUUUGGCAACUUAGGAUGUGUGAAUUGGUGCAAUUGUCUAUUAUUAUAAGACUAUUCAUGAAUUUUUUUU